GACAAUUUGAGAGUAAAUUUACAAGUAUAUUUUGCAGCUUUAUUACUUACAUGUUGGAGACUUAACGAUGCAGGUCCUCGGUACUCGUUCGGGAUACAUUAGAGGACUUGGAAGUGGGCCAAAGCCAGUUAGGUCAACUUCUUCAGAUGCCACCUCCUCAAUCAGAUCAACUAACACCGCAUUACGUGAAAAGCUUGAAUCCACUCAAGAAGAGUUAGCAAACACCAAAGUUCAAUUAGCAAGCACCCAAGAUGAGUUAGCAUCAAUGAAAUCAAGACAAGAUAAGUUUGAACAAAUUCUUAACCGAUUGGCACCUGGAGCAUUAGAUUCCUUGAUCCAUGAUUCAUCUUCGGUUCCACCUCCUCCUACUCAUUCUUAGACUUUGAUGUUGUGGAUUUUGGAUAUGAACAUGAUGUUGCGAAGUUUAUUUCUUGUA